CAGUUCUGACGCCUUGCAGAUUUUAUAUAAGCAUUUAAUUGGAGAGACCAAAUAAAUAAACAGAUGAGCCAGCGAAGAUUAUUACCAUCUUCAUUGUUCAUUUCUGAUUUUAGCUAACUUAAUUCAUUAGCUCAAGAAUGCAGAGAAGGGAAAGUUGCAAAGUUCAACCCCCAACAUAUGGUAAUCUUAUUACUGUCCUUAGUAUUGAUGGAGGAGGUGUUAGAGGAAUCAUCCCUGGAGUCAUUCUUGCUUUCCUUGAAUCUAAACUUCAGGAGCUUGAUGGUGAGGAUGCAAGACUUGCAGAUUAUUUUGAUGUGAUUGCAGGAACUAGUACUGGUGGUCUCAUAGCUGCCAUGUUAGCUGCACCAGAUGAAAAGGAACGUCCUCUAUUUGCUGCCAAAGAUAUAGUGUCCUUUUACCUUGAAAACUGUCCUAAAAUUUUCCCACAAACAGAGGGGAUACUAGCUUGGAUAGUAAAUUUGUGGAAAGUUCUAACUGGCUCCAAGUAUAAUGGCAAGUAUCUACACAAGCUAGUAAGAAGCAUAUUGAAGGACACAAAGUUGCAUCAAACCUUGACGAAUGUGGUUAUCCCAACUUUUGAUAUCAAGAAACUUCAGCCUACCAUCUUCUCUACAUAUCAGGUGACAUCCCACCCAGUGCUUGAUGCUCCACUCUCAGAUAUAUGCAUAGCCACCUCAGCAGCUCCAACUUUUCUCCCUGCUUAUUCUUUCGAGAACCAAGAUUCAGAUGGGAAUGUGCAAGAAUUUAACCUCAUUGAUGGUGGCGUGGCUGCUAGUAACCCAACUUUGAUUGCUAUUAGUGAAGUAACGAAGCAAACAAUGAAGAAGAACCCAGAUUUCUUCCCAAUCAAGCCCACCGAUUAUGCUCGUUAUCUUGUGAUUUCUCUGGGGACAGGCUCCAAGACAGAUGGAGAAAAAUACAAUUCUAAAAUGGCUUCCAAGUGGGGGGUUAUAAGUUGGUUAUAUUACAACGGGAGUACACCAUUAAUCGAUUGCUAUAGUAAAGCUAGUGCACAUAUGGUUGAUUAUCACAAUUGUGUAGUGUUUGAAGCCCUUCAUUCUGAAGACAAAUACCUACGAAUUGAUGAUGAUAAACUACAAGGGAACCUGUCUUCUGCUGAUUUAUCUACGACGAAAAACUUGGAUGAUCUGGUCAAAGUUGGAGAAAACUUGUUGAAGAGUCAAAUGUCACGCGUAAAUUUGGACACUGGACUCUAUGAACCAGUUGAAAAUGCUGGCACCUAUGAGCAAGCUCUCCAAAGGUUUGCGAAACUACUUUCAGAUGAAAAGAAGGUUCGCGAAUCAAGAUCACCACAAGCUAAGGCUUCAAAGUGAUUUCUUUUUUUUUUUCUUUUUUCCUUUUAAUAGAUGUAUCCAUUUUCGUGGCUUUUCAUGUUUGAAUUAUUGUAUUCAACUGAAAUCGCAACAAUAAUUUGGUGUAGCAUUUGUGUACUA